AUGGCUACCCACACCUUCGUCGAAACAUCACCUCUGCAAAAUUUGAACAACCUCAUUCUCAAAUACGGACCCGAGGAAUUAUCCCCAUCUAAAGCAGCCAACAGGCCAGAGGACGCCACACUCAUGUCCACCUUCCCCCUCCUCAGCCUCCCCCUCGAACUCCUCCACCAAAUCGGAGCACACUACUACGCCAACCUCCCAGCCCUAGCCCUUACAUCCGCGAACCUAGACCAGCCCCUACACGCGCAUACCCCCCUCGCGCUCUCCUCGCCCCAGCUCCUCGCCCGCACCCUCCCCCCGUCGCUUUACUACCACCAUGCCACUUUCCUCUUUUCCUCACCGCGCCUGCUCAAGGAUUUCGCGGCAGCACUAGGCCCGCGCGCCGAGAACGUGAGGAGAGCCAGGAUCUUGUAUGGCGGUUGUGGCGGCUGUGGCGGCUGUGGCGGCGGCGGCAGCGGCGGCAGCGGCGGUGGUGGUGAUGCUGAUGCUGAUGCUGGUAAGGGGCACUGUGGAGGCGGAAGCGGGGACUGGGUGUAUUGCUUGCUGGAGAGUCUUCCAAGGCUGGAGGAAGUCGUGUUUGUGGUUCAGGCUCAGGCUCAGACGCAGAUUCAGGUCGGGGGAUGUGGGGAAAAGAGGAUGGGGGCCUGGUGGGAUGCUGUUGUUGAUGCUUUCAGGGAGGGCUGGGCGGGGAGACGGUCGGACGGGAAGGCAGAGGGGAAGAUAUUAGUUGUGAGAGUUGAGGUGGGCGGAGGAGAGGAGAUGGAGGCGAGGAUCGGGUGUUGA